AUGCACGUGUUUUUCGAUUAAUGGAGGAGGGACGUGUGAUCAUGAUCAUCGUGGUCCACGUGGAUGACAUUAUUGCCGUACUGCAGAAGGAGAGGUGUGACAAGUUUGGCAGGGAUCUCAACGCGAUGAUCCCCGUGAAGAACCUUGGAGAGUUGAGGUGGUAUUCCGCGUGCUUUUACCAGAGAGACGUAGAGAGAGGGCUGUUGAGGAUUUGGCAGCAGAGGUUUGCCGAAGAGUUGGCUGCAGAGUACGGCAUUGAGUGGGGGAGGAGCGUGCCCUUGCCUGUGAGCGUGAAGCUCACCGACUUUGACGAGAACGAAGCGUGCGCUGAUGUCCCUUUUCGCGAGUUGGUAGGAUCUCUGAUGUGGUUGGCCACUCAAACAAGGCCGGACAUCGCGAACGCAGUACGAGCAGUAGCGCGGUAUUGUGCAUCUCCCAAGAUGGUGCACUGGAAGGCAGCACUCGGUAUUUUAGGGUACGUACGGAGGACGAGUUGGAUGGGGAUUACAUUUGAGAGGGGAGUGGUGACUGGGAUGAGCAUGCAGGUGUUUGUGGAUGCCGACUAUGCAAGCAAGGCGACAGACCGUAGAUCGGUGUCAGGAGGGCUAGUGAUGUGUGGGGGAGGGUGUGUGACUUGGUUUUCGAGGACACAAAAGUGUGUCACGCUUUCCACCACGGAAGCAGAGUAUGUGGCAAUUGCCGAUGUCUUGAAGGAAGUGUUGUUCCUGAGGCAGGUGUGGCGUUUUAUGUCGCCAGAUGCAGGAUCUCUGAUGUGGUUGGUCACUCAAACAAGGCCGGACAUCGCGAACGCAGUACGAGCAGUAGCGCGGUAUUGUGCAUCUCCCAAGAUGGUGCACUGGAAGGCAGCACUCGGUAUUUUAGGGUACGUACGGAGGACGAGUUGGAUGGGGAUUACAUUUGAGAGGGGAGUGGUGACUGGGAUGAGCAUGCAGGUGUUUUCGGAUGCCGACUAUGCAAGCAAGGCGACAGACCGUAGAUCAGUGCCAGGAGGGCUAAUGAUGUGUGGGGGCGAGUGUGUGACUUGGUUUUCGAGGAUGCAAAGGUGCGUUACGCUUUCCACCACGGAAGCAGAGUAUGUGGCAAUUGCCGAUGUGUUGAAGGAAGUGUUGUUCCUGAGGCAGGUGUGGCGUUUUAUGUUGCCAGAUGCAGGUAUGCCGUGCAUCCCGGUGUUCGAGGAUAAUCAGGGAGCGAUUCAGAUUGCGCACAACCCGAUCACGAACUCCAACUCGAAACACAUCGAUGUACGACAUCACUUUAUCAGGGAGCUGGUAGAGAGGAAGGAGAUUUCAAUUACUCAUGUGCCGACGCAAUUUCAGCAUGCAGAUUUCUUGACGAAGGCCAUUAGCAAGGAGUCUUUUGCGUUGCACCAGUAUGUGGCAAUUGCCGAUGUCUUGAAGGAAGUGUUGUUCCUGAGGCAGGUGUGGCGUUUUAUGUUGCCAGAUGCAGGUAUGCCGUGCAUCCCGGUGUUCGAGGAUAAUCAGGGAGCGAUUCAGAUUGCGCACAACCCGAUCACGAACUCCAACUCGAAGCACAUCGAUGUACGGCAUCACUUUGUCAGGGAGCUGGUAGAGAGGAAGGGGAUUUCAAUUACUCAUGUGCCGACGCAACUUCAGCAUGCAGAUUUCUUGACGAAGGCUAUUAGCAAGGAGUCUUUUGCGUUGCACCGUGACUUUGUGAUGAACUUGCAGUGCNUGACAAGUCGUCUACGAGAUUCGCGGUCGAGCUUAGUUGAGGAGUAUCGGUUUGCGGCGAUCAGGAGCAGGAUCAAGAUGUACGAACACGGGCGCGAGAGCGACGUCGCCCGCCGAGCAGAGCAAGCAGCAGCUGAGGAGGCUCGGAUAGAGGAGAUGGCGAACCGGAGGCUAGCAGCCAGGCUGGCUGAGAUGGAGGUACGACAACAAGACGAGCAGCGACGCACAGAUAACAUCCGGAACGGGCACGAGCAACAAGGGGCACAUCUACCGCAACACGCGGGGAGCCCAUCGGCCAACCCCUCCGCCGACAACAUCGCCAACGCGAUCGCCAACGCCGUGACUGGCCGUCUCCAGACCACAUCCGGGGAUUUCGGUAGGGUACCGCACGUAGGGACUUUGCGCAUGACUGUGACUAGGAGGCUAGAGCCUUGGGACGGCAAUUUCAAGCCAGGGGAGGAUGAGCAUGCCAAACUCUUGAUAUUCAAGUCAAACAUGCUUGCGAUACUUGCACAGGAAGGUGUUUAUGAGGUCGUGAUGAGUGAUGAGGACAUUCAUGUUGGAAUAGACAUGGCUGACCUGAAGAGAAAGUACGGGGAGCAAAAGAAGAUCGAAAGGACUGUGAGGAGUACCUAUGCGGAUCGCGCGCGCGCCCGGGAGGAGGAGCAGACGAGUGGCGUGGGGCACGCUUUCGUCGCUUCCGGUGCAGUCCGGGGCGACGGAGGUGUCGAAAAGGGGUCGAGUGGGAACGGCGGCGGACAGGACGGCAAAGGUGGCGGUCGGAGUAGGAGCACCGAAGCCAGAGGAGACAAGCGCUGCGAGGUUCAUUCGUGGGCGUUUCACACCAACGCAGAGUGCGAUGCUCAGAGGAAGCAGCGAGAGCGGAAGCAGCGGGCUCAGCAGCAACAGCAGCCCCAGCAGCAACAGCAGCCCCGCAGCAACCGCAACAGCGACAGCAUCAACAGCAGCCGCAGCAGUACCAGCAGCCUCACCAUCAGCAACAGCAGCAUCAGCAGCAGCAAGGCGGCCGCGGUGGGGGGGGCUGGGGUGGUGGACCUCAGCACGGACCCCACGGCGGACACGGAGCGCAGCAGCGGUAUGGAUACCCGGCUCUCCCUCGCCCGCAGCAGCAGCAUUGGCGACCCCCGCACGGGCAUGCAAACGUGAUGCACCAACAGUAUAGUGCCACGCCCUAUGGGGGGCCCGCGAAUGGUAGCGAGUAUGGGAGUUGGGAGCAGCAGCAGCCACCGUACCAGGAGCCUCCGCCGGACUACACCCAGCAGCACCAGCCGUACUACAAGCCUCCGACACCGUACUAUCAGCAGCAGCCACCGCCGCAGCCUCCGCCUCCGCCGACGUUCCAGCAGCAGCAGCCGUCGCAGCAGCAGCAGCAGCACUCCACCCAUGCCCCGCCCUACUCGGCUCCUCCCGGAGCAGCAGCACCGUCCCCCUGCUCACCUUUUGUGCCUGCAGGCGAGAUCGUACCUAGUGGUAUGGUAGCAAGUAGCGAGCGUGAGAGUGUUAGAGGAUUUGCUUUGGCUGCACGAAACCCGGAUUCUCAUUUUGGCAGAGAGUGAUUUUGGGCCGACAGCCGCCCCACCAACACGUUUGUUAGCAGCAGCAAUCAAUUGUUCGACUUGAGGCCAGUGCCACCCGGUAAGCAGUACAUACAAGUAGGUAACGGUGCCUAUUUGCGCGUGCAGUGUGUUGGCAAGGCAGAAGAUCACGUUGGACGAACAUGGCGUGCGCCUCUUCAAUGGUAGGCUUACCUUUGCUUACUGCGACGUAGGAUGUUCCCUGUUGGCCACCCGCUUGUCUCCGGAGUAUACUGGUAGUGCUGUGACCUACAGCCCCGAUGCCCCCCCCCCGUGUUUCUACCCAAGCCUCCCCGCCUAGCGUUGGCACAGUCCUUGUCGCGGCAAAUCCCCAUUUCCCACAGGGUGCAGGAGCGGGCACGACUUCGAGUGCGAGUGCGAGUUCCGGUUUCCAGUCCGUCGCUGCGGCCGGCGUUGUACCUGCGAGUUCCGGCUUCCAGCCCGUCGCAACGGCCGGCGUUGUACCUUCGACUCCUGGCGUCCAGCCCACCAAAUCCGACGGUGUAGUACCGUCGAGUCCCAGCGUCCCCUCCACCGCUUCCGGUGUAGUGCCACCGCGUUGUGCAUUCCCGCCCAUCGACGUAGAUGAGUGCUAACGACUAUUGCCGACUUCCAGCCUGUAAUCACAGCUGCCGUAGCAUCGUCUGAGAUUGUUUCUCCCUCCGUCGUUGACCCGAGCGAUUUUCGUGAAGUUGUGAUCAACCCCCUCAUCCCCCAGGACCAUUUGCCUCUCAUGGAUAUGAGCAUGUUCCUUGAUGUUGGCCUGAUGGAUGGAAAAGACUCGGUCCCACAGGGUGAUUUUUUUCCGGAUGCGCUUGAUGUUUGCGAUUCUGCAACACCCCCUCCCCCCCCGUUUGCCGUGAUGAGUGAUGAAUUGGAUUGCCUAAGAGGUUUUGUUGCUGGAUGCAAUGAGCAGGAAACCGUAGCUCCCCCCUCCCUCUCGUAUGCCUUGGCGAUGAUCGCCCCCGGUGCUUCCCCCAUUUUCGGUAGGAAAAUCCACGCCCACCAUCGAUAUUCAUUCGUUCCAUGCCUCCACCGGCCAUGUCAACGAAUUCUUGAUGCGUGAAACGGCCAAGCAGCAGGGCGUACGAUUGGUGGGGGAGAUGCAGCCGUGUGUGGGCUGCGUGGAAGCGAAGGGUAGGCGGGCCCCGGUGCCGCGGCGUGGCACCCGCGCGGCGGUACCGU